AUGGAGAUGCAGCAGUACUUCGGCGGCUGCGGCGAUGGCGAUGCUGACUGGUUCCAUCAGCUCGCCUUGCUCCCGCCUUUGCCGGUCUCUUCGUCUCUGCCGCCUCUCCCCAUGAGCGAGGGCAGCUGCUUACCCAUGGCCGCCGCCGCCCCAACGCUUCCUCUUGGGGAUUGCUCAUCAGCUCUCAUGAUUAGGCCGGAAGAACAGAUGGGCUGCCUGCAGAUGAUACCUCCACAGGCUGUUGCCGAUGAUGAGUACAGCAGCUACGCCACCAACAAUGUCGACGUCCUCCCGCCGUUUCCUGCAGGUCUCGAUGAUCCCACGGCAGGCCUCGACGACGCGCUGCUCAUGGAGUCCUUCAGAGACAUCGACCUGGAGGAGUUCGCCGACGCCGUCGGCCCCAAGAUUAAGACCGAGCCUCUCGACGACGCCAUGGUGCCGGCGGAUCACGAUUUCGCGGCGCAAGUGCAACAGGCGCGCCCCGUGGUGAUCAUGAACCAGCAGCAGCUGAAUGCACCACACGGCGUGCGCCUGCUCAAUGAUCCCGACGACGAUGACUCAGCUGUCGUCGCCGGGGGCUAUGAGGCGGCGGCCGUUGGGUGCGCUGAGCAGAAGCAGGUGAGGCCGGCGCCACGUCGUGUGCGGAAGAGCAGCGGUGGGUCACGCCCUGCCGCCGGUGGGAAAAGCCUCGAUCACAUAGGGUUUGAGGAGCUGCGUACGUAUUUCUACAUGCCUAUCACCAAGGCGGCGCGGGAGAUGAACGUCGGUCUCACCGUGCUCAAGAAGCGCUGCCGUGAGCUCGGUGUCGCCCGUUGGCCUCACCGGAAGAUGAAGAGCCUCAGGUCUCUCAUCCUCAACAUCCAGGUACAAAAUUGCGCGCAUGACAUGGGGAAGGGCGCCACGUCGCCGGCGGCGGUGCAAGGGGAGCUGGAGGCGCUUGAGAGGUAUUGUGCCAUAAUGGAGGAGAACCCGGCGAUCGAGCUGACGGAGCAGACCAAGAAGCUGAGGCAGGCCUGCUUUAAGGAGAACUACAAGAGGAGGAGAGCGGCGGCCUCCGUCAACUUGCUCGAGCAUUGCUACAACGACUUGGGCAGUCAUGAGCAGCAGAUGCCAUUGCCACAGAUGGGUUUCUUUGGGUUCUAA